ACUCUAAGACAGAUUUGAUUCGAUUGACAAUUGGUUAUUUUGUGAUGUGUGUCUGUUUCUGUUGUGUUUUAUUUUUUAAUGCAAAUUUUAUCAGAAAUUUUAUUUUACACAAAAAAUUGUUACUGUGAAUACAUUAUUUCUAACUUAUAAUAAUUUAAGUGUUAAGUUACCAAGUGAAUCCUAGUUUAAGUGGUAAUUUGUUGUGCAGUGAGUUUUAUAUAACAAACCGGCUUAAACAUGAGGAUUUAUUUGUUGAAAACCCUUUCAAAUGUUGUUGGAAGAAGGUGCUAUUCUGCUGCUAAUUACAAGAAGGUCACCCACUGUAUAUUUGAUAUGGACGGGCUACUGCUUGAUACGGAACAAGUGUACAAGAAGAUGAUCACACAGAUAUGUGCCAAAUAUGGUCAUGAAUAUACUACAGAGCUGAUGAUGAAGGUCCUUGGAGGCACUGAGCAGAGGCUGUCCGAGAUUCUGUGCAAAGAUCUGCAGCUGCCGAUAACUCCUAAGGAGUUUAGGGAUCAACUUUUGGAUUUGGGUGACACUAUGUUAGCGGGAACACCACUGCUGGACGGUGCGGAAAGAUUAAUACGUCAUCUGCACAAAACUAAAGUCCCGUUCGCACUAGCGACGUCAUCAAGCGAACGCUCGGUGAAGACCAAGGUGCGCGCGCACGCGGAGCUGUUCUCAUACUUCCACCACAAGGUGAUGGGGAGUUCCGACGACGCUGUCAAGUUCGGGAAGCCCCAUCCGGACGUAUUCCUGGUGGCCGCCUCCAGGUUUCCUGACAAACCUGACCCUUCAAAGUGUUUAGUAUUUGAAGACUCGCCGCACGGCGUAACGGCAGGCAACGCCGCGGGCAUGCAAACAGUCAUGGUGCCCGACACCCACCUCGACAAGCGGCUGACAACCCACGCGACCAUAGUGUUGCCAACAUUAGCCAAAUUCCAACCGGAACUGUUCGGGUUGCCAGCUUUCCAGUGAUAAUAGUAGCGUAGUUAGUUGGUAAGCCUAUUGUGUUUUAAUUUUCAAGCGAGCAGAUACGUAUUUUUUAUUUUUCGUUCGAUCUACAUCUGUUUUUUAGCUCAUUAUUUAUUUUGUUACAUACUUUCAAUAAUAAAAUUACAAAAAAUACAUUAAUUAUAACAAAGUUAUUAAAGGCAAUAGGCGUUCUAUUUAAUUGUCCGCAGUUUGUUGUAUAAAUAUGCUAGUCUGAAUGUAAACUGUUGUCUAUAUUUAUAUAUUGGGGAAAAAAUUGUAAUACUCGGAAUUAGAGCAAUUUCCAAGUGAAUCAGAACGUUAUAUUGUGUUUCCGAACCUGUUUUAUUUGGAUAACAUGUAUACUAUUUUGAUAUACUUUAUAUUUAUUUCAUAUCUUACCCUCAGUUGCACUAGUCUACUUUGUCGUAAACUCACGCCGAUUAGAUAAAACUUUGUGUUGUGUGCAAGUUAAAGUCAACGUCAAAAAUUACUGGUGCAACUGAAUCUUUAGUUAACAUUGUAACGUCCGAAACUACUGUGUACUAUCGAAUAUGUGAACGAGAAUCAACGUACAGUUAACAGCACAUCAUGUUGAAAUGAUGAAACUGCAUGAAACUCUAUGGCGCGGUAAUAGCGAUGAAUUUAGGUAGUAGGUUCAUGUGCUGUUGACUGUAUAAUGCGUAGUUUAUAUUAAGGGCGGAACUUGUAAUGGUUAGAAGGAACGAUGGAAGGUGAAGUAAAGCUGUGACCGAGUGGUACCCGAGUAAUGGAAAACGGAGCGUAGGACAUCCGACACCUAGAUGGGUCGAUAAUGUAAAAGAAAUUGCUGACAACAACUGGAUAAUGAUGGCCCAGGACGGAGAUGGUUGGCGCAGACGGAAGGAGGCCUAUUCCCAGCAGUGGGUCACAUGGGGCUGCAGAUGAGGAAUGUCGCACGCAAGAAAAAUAUCGCACAUUGAUUUCGCGAUGUUCGGCGAAGUUUUGACUGAUAGUGUGUUUAUAUGUAGGUAUGUGUGGCAUAAGGUCAUAAUAAUAAAUAAAUAAAUAAAUUAAGACAAAUCACACAGAUUGAGCUAGCCCCAAAGUAAGUUAGAGACUUGUGUUAUGGGAUACUUGCUCAGGGAUACUAUAUUUUAUAACAAAUAAUAAACAUAUAGAUAAACAUCCAAGACUUUGAAGAAAUGAUCUUUUUCUGAUUGGCCUGGAAUCAGAAAAAGAUCAUUUUCCAUCAUGACCCGACCGGGGUUCGAACCCGGGACCUCUCGGUUCAGAGGCAAGCGCUUUACCACUGCGUCACCGCGGUCAUUAAUAAUUUAAAAAAAUAAUAUUACAGGUAAAAGAAAUAAAAACCAAAAUAACGUAAGUAGCCAAAUGAUGUCCCAGAAAUUCCUUUUUUGGGCUUCAAAAAUUAAAAACGCCAAUUAAGUACAUACAUAAUAAUUUUAGUUUUUCAUUCCAUCGCACCGUUAGUUAUCGUAUACCGUCCAAACAGACGGUAGUUCUCAGAGCGUUUCGACGGCUGCGGCCGCGCCUUAUCAAAUUUUAACAAAGACAAUUUAUUUUACUGACUUUAAAUGAUUGAGUGGUAAUAUAAAUUUUAUGAAUGAUUGAUUUUGGAAAUGAUUCCUUCCUCAAGAAACUUGACCGACGUAAUGACAAUGCGGCCGGAGCGGUCGAAACGCUCUAAGUACCACCCAGACGCGUAGUAUACGCGCUACAAUUCAUUGGGUCUGCACCGGCCUUUAAAACGACAGAAUAAAUCGUUCUCCAUUGGGUAGGCACGCUGCCCGUUUGCCUACUCAAUAUUUUUAUUGCAUACAAUAAAGUUGACAUGGCCUAAUUCCAUAGAAAAAAAACUGCCAGUAGUUUUUUUAGAAGUUUACUAAUUGUUAUUGUUUUACAGUGUUGUAGUAGAUUUAAAUAAAUUAUUACUUCUUAA